AUGAUAGUCCAGCUGGGCACGCUAUCUCAAAAACAAGGGCCAACCACUACUGUGGAAGAACCUUUGGAUCUUGUUCGGCUUAGCCUGGAUGAACGCAUUUAUGUCAAGAUGAGGAAUGACAGAGAACUAAAAGGCCGCUUGAAUGCAUAUGACCAACAUCUUAACAUGAUCCUCGGUGAUGUAGAAGAGACAGUAACAACCAUGGAGAUAGAUGAAGAGACUUAUGAGGAAAUCUAUAAGACCACAAAAAGAAAUAUUUCUAUGCUGUUUGUCCGUGGAGAUGGAGUCAUAUUGGUGUCACCACCAUUGCGAUCUGGAACACUGUAGGUGCUGAUGGCUAUGGUUAGUUUACUUCAACUGUCAGUGUUGACAUUGUGUUGACAUUUGUUAUAGCUUUGACAAGUGUUGUAUGUGUGUGUGACCCACAUAAGUUGACAGAUCUACCUGUGCCUUAACCGCUCCAUCAAAGUCCAUCCCUUCAUUUUGGACUAUUUUGGCAGAUAAAACAUGUGUACCAAGUCCAUCAAAAUCCAUCAGCACCAGUGUUUGAUUGCAACGAAUUUGGUCCUGAAGCAUCAUGUGAAGCAGAGUGACUGAUGGAUUUUGACGGACAUGGUCUGUUAGUUUUAGUAAAACUAGAGAGUUGGGGUUUACACAAGUGUCCCUGGCCAAUUUGGUGACAUUCCAGUUGAUCUUACUAUUUAAAGCCAGUUGUUAUUACAGUUUGUUUUAAGGCCGGUUCAUACUUUCAUACAUGAGAAUGCUAUGCGAAGGAGAUGUCAAGAAGCUUUCGCUGCAAAUUUUGCCAGAGGUGAAAUGUGUUCAACUUUUGUGUUCAACUUGCCCUAAUGUCACAAAUUUGUGUUUGUGUUCAUUUCAUGCAGAAUUUGAACUGGCCUUUAGAAGUAUUACAUGUACUUGACUGUUAAUUAGGUUUCAUGAGUUUUCCCUUUAAUUGUACGUACCUGAUUAUUUUAUGUCCACAUGAAUUAAGAUUAAAGUUGUAUUUGUGCCAUGUGACCAAUCUCUGUUUUGAGAUUGUGAGGUUCUGAAAAGAACUGGGGAAACACAACAUUUUGGACAGCAUGCUCUGCCCAUUGUCAGGAAACAGACAAUAGGAGAUUUGUUACAUGGUGCUUCUGCAAAUUUACUGUUAUUGCUUACUUCACCAUAUCAACCUUCAAAAUUAUCUACAUGAAUUGUUAAAUUAUGUUCUCAUAAAUGUUUCCAUUAUUAAUGUUGCUUUUAAUCUCAAAUGAAGAAAACUGGGACAUAGAGUUUCAAUUCAAUUUGACGCGUCACAAAAAAUUUCCCAUUAACAAAAUAGAAUGAUCAGCAAUAGGCCUUGGAAAGCUGAAGCGAGUUUGAGUGAGUAUUCACUUUCAUGUUUUAAUGCUGUGUUGGUACGAGUUUUGCAAGGGAAAAAAUACUAACCUAAUUAACCCUAACAUUUGCAGGUUGCAGAUACAUGUCCUUCAAAGUUGCCUGGAGAAAUAUGAAGGAUUGAAGAAGGUAGAGCCUAGCCAUUAUUAUUUUACAUGGGGAUGCCCCUUGAAAUUUGUAGUAGAAAGAAUGUGUAAUUGGGUAACUGCUCGACAGAGGCAGGAAGGAUUAAGGAAGAUUUAUAUCAGAGUUUUAAUUUGUAGAGAGAUUUUAAUUUUUCUUGCUGGAAAUUUUUCAACAAAGUCAGUUUCUUCACUUGACUAUUAGGAAUGGUAAUUAAUUUACCAUAGACUACAUACAUUUCAUGUACUUGCAGUAAUUAAAGUCACCUUUGAAAAAGGAACACAG